AUGAAGGUUCCCAUUGUCUCACUCCUGGCAUUGUGGCCAUUGUUCUCUGCUGCCCUCGGCCCCUACCCUCCGUUGUCUGGGUCUGAGACCUUGACCAUCGAACAUUGUUCAACCAUCAGACAACCAAAUUCCGUGCGAUCGGUGACCACAGCCACACACACGACUACCAUUACCAUUCCAGUCCAUGUCACGUCCAGUUUUACACCCACAGUCACGGUAACUCCGUCGACAGUCACAGCCACCUCAACAACGAGUACUACCACCACCAGCACCUCUGUCACUACGGUUGCCACACCCACCAGUACAUUCACCACAACCCUGACACUUCUCUUCUCCACCACUACUACCAGCACUAUUACUGCGCCAACAUCCACAGCAACCGAGAUUCAGACUAGCACUUCCACAACCACAACCACCCUGUCGUCCACUGUGCCGACUUCCGCUGGUUUCCUCCCAGUUAUUAGCACACUCCCUGGCUCGGCUGAGAAGCGCAAGCGUGCAGUCAAUUGGAAGCAGACUCAUUCGAGGAGGUCGUCGUAUACCUUGCCAUGGCAGAAGCCAUCGACUCAAUGCAAAGCACCCACACCUGACCAGCCUUCGAGCGGAGGCAGGCCAAGCAGACCAGUAUGGGACACAUGCGCGCAAUAUGCCGCGUCAGUGGAGUGCCAGGAGCUUGUGGAGAUCUUCUCACCCAUUGUCACAACAGUAACAGCGCACACCACGGUCUCGGCCACUUUGACGACAGCAACAACUACGACGACUAUCACCUCAACCUCGACGGCGACGACUACGGCAACCAUCACCCCUCCAAGCGCCAACUACACCACGACGGUGACGACUUCAACCACUACCCUAAUCACUGCCUUCAGCACUACUACACCCUCUACAACGACAACCAGCACAUCCACCGUCGUCACCACAGCAACGACCUCAACAGUCAUCUACGCCGCCUGCGCAACGCCCAACAUAGUGGGCACGCUCAACGGCGAUGGUGUCUACGACGUAAUCUACCCCGGCCCUUCGGUCGGUCUCGCCACCACGGACGACUCAACUGCCUACGACUGCUGUGUUUCGUGCAUAAACAACCCGGCGUGCGCAGCCGCAGCAUUCAAUGCGAAUUUCGGCGCUGGCGAACAGUGCUUCAACUUCCCUGCCGAUAGCUGCACUGUCGAAGGCGAAUACAGCUUCGGCGCCGAACCCUCGAGCUCUGUCUCUCCCGACACACAGUAUUUCAUUUCAAACGGCAACUGCGGCGCCUAUAACUACGUCGAGGCCGACUAA